UCCAACUGAGUAGUUCGGACAUGAACCAUUAGCACGGACACGAACCACCAAAGACUGACAACACCGACAAUAUCGAAAAAUGGAUGUAUAUAGCACGGACAUGAACCAAAUUGAUCGACAGUAUUGAAAAGUGGAUGUGACUCAUUGUCAGUAGUUUCAAUUCCUGAAAGUGGAUGUGUGGCGCUACUGUACGGCCUAGCAAAAGCGUCCCAAGAAAAUCGCCAUCAUUGCGCCUCUCAUCCUUCUCUCUGGUGGAGACCUGCGCGAAACGAGUUUUCAUUCGAUCCAACCAUCAUCUCUCGUUGGACGGAGUUUAUAGUUGUGUGCCAAAGAUAUAUGUAUUUUAAAGAUAUAUAUGUAUUUUAGCAUGUUUACACGAUUUGUAAAUCAUAGUUUGAGACCAAGCUUGUGUACAAAGUUAAUGAAAGCGUUGUACAGUAAAUCGCAAUCCGUACAACAUGAAGUUAAGGAAAUAGAAAUCCCAGUACCUUGGGGCAAGGUGGCCGGCAAGUUAUGGGGAUCACAAGAUAAACAACCUAUUCUGGCUAUGCAUGGCUGGCAAGAUAAUGCCGCAUCAUUUGAUAACAUAGCACCUCUUAUUAUAAAAAAUACACCAGUUCUGGCCAUCGAUUUACCUGGACAUGGACUGUCUUCAUGGUUACCACCAGGAUUUAUGUAUACUGAAUUGAUAUACUUCUUAUUAAUUAAAAGAAUUAAAAGAUACUUUGGAUGGGAAAGAAUAAAAGUAAUGGCACAUUCCUUAAGUGCUAUGACGAUAUAUUGGUAUGCCGCAAGUUUUCCAAAAGAGCUGCAGUAUGUUGUAGCUUUGGACUUUUUCAAAUUUCCAUCUGUUAAUACAAGCAUGCAUGCUACCGGAUUUGGAAAUGCGGUUGAUGCAUUUUUCAAGAUAGAGGAAAGUAAUGUUCAACCUAGUUACUCGCAAAGCGAAAUUAUAAAGAAAUCGUCUGCAGGAUUCCUAAAUUUGGAUAAAUCGUCAUAUAACAUUCUUAUGACUAGAGGUACCACGCAAAAAGAAGAUGGAACGUACGUUAUCAACAGGGAUCCUAGAUUGCGAGUUAUACCCGUCCAUAGUAUGUUUUCACGAGAUCAACUAGAAGAAUAUGCAAAUCUUAUAACGUGUCCAUAUUUAAUAAUAAAAGGAGACAAUAAUUUCUAUGGUGAGGAAAAAGAAAAUUUUUAUAGAGCAUUGGAAAUAUUGAAAGCUGCUAAUGACAAAGUACAUUUCGAGACUUUAUCAGCAACGCAUCAUCUUCACCUAACACAUGCGAAAAAUACAGCAGAGAUUAUUAAUCCUUUUUUAGAAAAGUAUGAUUAAAUGUCAUUAACAUUAUAUUGUAAUAAAAUAAAGUUUGUAUGUCAAGAGAA